AAAAAGCAAACGGUUACACUAAAAUAAUACGAUCAAAAGUGAAUCAUUGCGCUAAAUCGGCGGAUAAGCGAAAUUAAACGACAAAAGAAAUAAAAUCGGAUCUGCCGCUGCAGCAUUAACGUUAAGAAAAGCAGUGCAUUUGGGUUACUUUUCAAAAGCCCAAAAAAAAAAAAACAGCGUCUGCAGAUCCACUUUGCGUGCGUGUGUGUGUGUGUGUGCGUGCCCGUGCGCAUGUGUGCUGUGUUUGUGUGAAAGGAGAAGAGGAGGAAACACAAAAAGAGGAGAAAAAGUGUACAGCCGACGACGCGCAGACGCAUCUCGAAAAUCGUCGAAAACUGCGAGUGAAAAGUGCGAAAAUCGCGGAAAAGCCCUGUUGCCAAGCCUUCCGGACUCCAACGCGAUAAAGACAUACAGCGGCGAAUAUGGGUUGUGCCGUGAGUACAGCACGCGAUAAAGAGGCCAUCGAACGGUCCAAGAACAUCGACAAGGCGCUCAGGGCGGAGCACGAACGCGCCGCCUCGGAGGUGAAACUGUUGUUGUUGGGAGCCGGCGAGUCAGGCAAAUCAACUAUAGUGAAACAGAUGAAAAUCAUCCACGACACCGGCUACUCGCAGGAGGAGUGCGAGGAGUACCGCCGCGUGGUCUUCAGCAACACGGUGCAGAGCCUGAUGGUGAUCAUCCGUGCCAUGGGCCGCCUAAAGAUCGAAUUUGCCGAUCCCGGCAGGACGGACAUAGCCCGCCAGUUCUUCACACACGCCUCCGCCGCAGACGAAGGCAUCCUGCUGCCGGAAAUUGUCCUUCUGAUGAAGAAACUGUGGGCGGAUGGAGGUGUACAGCAGAGCUUUGCCCGUUCCCGUGAAUAUCAGCUGAACGACUCGGCGGGCUACUACCUCAACUCGCUGGACCGCAUCGCGCAGCCAAAUUAUAUACCCACCCAGCAGGACGUGCUCCGAACCCGGGUCAAGACCACUGGCAUUAUCGAGACGCACUUCUCCUGCAAACAGCUGCACUUUAAACUUUUUGAUGUGGGCGGCCAGCGAUCGGAACGCAAGAAGUGGAUCCAUUGCUUUGAGGGCGUUACGGCCAUUAUCUUCUGCGUAGCGCUAUCAGGUUACGAUUUGGUCUUGGCCGAGGACGAAGAGAUGAAUCGCAUGAUCGAGUCCCUAAAACUGUUUGACUCCAUUUGUAACUCCAAGUGGUUUGUGGAAACCUCCAUCAUUCUUUUCCUCAACAAAAAGGAUCUGUUUGAGGAGAAGAUCAAGCGAUCUCCCCUGACGAUAUGCUUUCCGGAGUAUGCAGGUACCAAUACCUUUGAGGAAGCGGCCAACUAUAUCCGCAUGAAGUUUGAAAAUCUCAACAAGCGGAAAGACCAAAAGGAGAUCUACACGCAUCUCACCUGCGCCACGGAUACGAAUAACGUGAAGUUUGUCUUCGACGCCGUCACCGAUGUGAUCAUCAAGAACAAUCUGAAACAAAUUGGUUUAUUUUAAGGGGCGGCGGAUCACAGGAUCAUCAUUAUUUAGCUUGCGUCGUAGUAUUAAAGGAAAACGCGCAUCAACAAUUCCAUUACACGCUAAGAACUCGAUACAUUAACGCCCUACAUAUACGUAAUCGUAUUCUCCAUAUAUGUUUUAAAUGCUUUACAUGCUUGACCCACGUAAUUUUAAUAACCGAUUUGGUUGCCAGUAGUCGCGGAACAAAUAACCAACUGCAAUUUAGUUAACCGUGUCCAAUAAAUUGCACCUGUAAGUUAACUAAUUUAAACAUAUUAGCCUAACACAUGUAAAGUACGCAAAUGACAGCCGAUGGGUUUUGUAUAUCCUAUCCCCCGAACUCGAUCGGCUCUCUUUGGGAUUAAGUUAAGUUUCGCGGGCUAAUGGAGAUUCCCAAAGGAGGCACACCGAGAUCGUAUCGUGCAGGGGUGCUUUUUUGGGCCUCACCAUUUGUCGGACGUUUUGCAGCCCUGGCGCUGUUGCCUUUUAUUUUUUUGCCAAGAGUUUGACAGCGUUAUUUAAGGUGAACCUAGGCCUGGAGUUGUAAGCCCUACAAUGUAACUAGUAAACUUACUAAUAUGUUUAGUAAUAGCCUAAAUAAAAGACCAUUUAUAAAAAACACAA